AUGAAGGCAGAAUCAUUGAAAUCGAAAGAAUCCAAAUAUGCUGAAGCUAGCAUCAACGCUUUAUUUCAACCACAACAACCAACGCAAUCCUUUGUUGCUCCGGUUAGAGAUGCUGCCAUAGCCCCAGAAAACUUGUUCGAAGUCUUUAUAGAAAUUAACGGAAGAUGCUAUUUCAAUGAUUCCGAAUCGAGUAACUAUAUUCCCUGUGACAAUAAGGAAGAAAUGCGAGCACAUAGAAUGCAUCAAGUAGACAAAGUUCUAUGGGGAGGCCUUCAAUCUUCUCCUGUUACAGAAGAAUUAGCAUUUGGUGCCAGAGUUCUUGACGUAGGGUGUGGCAUGGGAGUAUGGGCUACAAACACGGGCUCGGACCAUCCUCUCUCCACGGUUAUCGGAAUAGACAAUGCUCCGGCGUUUCCUAAACACAGUUUACCAAAUGUAGCAUUUCUUAAAUGCAAUGUCCUUGACGGACUACCAUUUCCGGACAACACAUUCAAUUUUGUUCGACAGGCCUAUCUAGUAAUCUGUAUCGAUUGGCAAAGAUGGAAUGAUAAAGUCUUGAAAGAACUAGUGAGAGUGACAAAGCCUGGAGGGUAUAUCGAAAUCAUGGAUAUAGACGCUGAAAUAAUGCAACCGGGACCUAUUGGUCGGAUGUUUGAGAAAUUUCGACAUUCACAUGUCGAGGCUUCUGGAAUCAAAACCGUGUCUAGUGCAGCUAUGGUGAAAGCAUUUAGUGAGCUCAAGGAUGAGGUUGUCGUUGAAAAAUUUGAGCAGAAAAUUAUACCUUAUGGACAUUGGGCAGGGAAACUGGGGGAAGCGGCAUUGAAGAAUUACAUAGGGUUACUCGAGUCAAUGGCCGUCUUUUACUGUCCUCUCUUUAACAUCACAGAGGCCGAGUACAAGCAAAUGAUAGUUGAUUACGCCGAGGAAUAG